AUGGACAAAAGCUGGAUGACUUUGGGUGAUAGACUUUUAUCACCUGCUUACGCUGAUGGGGUACGCAAUUUCCUUACAAUGGCACAAAACCAUGCCAUGGGAAGUGAUCGCAUUCGGUGUCCAUGCCGUAUAUGCUGUAAUAAUCUCUUCUUGCCUAUACUUGAGGUGGAGUCCCAUUUGUUUAUAAAAGGGAUAGAUCCAAAUUACACGCACUGGAUAUUUCAUGGGGAGGAGGAAACACUCCCCACCAUAGACGAUGAUGGCGAUCCCGGGGUUGAAAGUGGAGAUGUGUACAUUGAUGACAUAGAUGGUAUGCUAGAUGACAUACGGGCAGCCACAUUCCGAGAUGCUCCUCAAGACAACACCACAUCACCAACUCACUCAGCAAUACCUCAAUCCUCCCCAAACUCAACUUUUGACCAACUAUUAGAGGAUGCCCGACGGCCUCUGUUCGAGGGUUGCACAAAUUUCUCAAAGCUCUCUUUCGUAGUGAAGUUGUUACAUAUUAAAACACUUGGUGGGUGGUCAAUCAAGUCUUUUGAUAUGCUGCUAAGCCUUUUGCGGUCAGCCUUUCCUAAUGCUGAAUUGCCACAAUCAUAUGAGGAGGCAAGGACAUUGGAGCGUGGUUUGGGUUUCACGUACCACAAAAUACAUGCAUGCCCUAAUGACUGCAUCUUAUUCUGGAAGGAAUAUGGUAAUCUGUCUGAGUGUCCUAUCUGUAAGGCGUCGCGAUGGAAGCCAAAUACACACGGGUCACGAGUGAUCCCUCAAAAAGUGCUUCGUCAUUUUCCCUUGAAGCCAAGAUUGCAGCGUCUCUUUGUGUCAAGCAAGAUAGCGGGUGACAUGAGAUGGCAUAAGGAGCAGCGGGUCAUCGAUGAGAGUAGUAUGAGACAUCCAGCUGACUCUGAGUCUUGGAAGACAUUUGAUCAAGCUCAUAGUUGGUUUGCAAGGGAUGCUCGCAAUGUCAGGCUUGGUUUGGCAAGUGACGGGUUCAAUCCCUUCAACAAUCUGGCAAAACCUUAUAGCAUUUGGCCAGUGAUUCUUGUCCCGUAUAACUUACCGCCAUGGUUAUGCAUGAAAGAUUCAUUCUUUAUGACAUCCCUCAUUAUCCCUGGCCCAAAAUCACCAGGGAAUGACAUUGAUGUUUAUUUGCAACCAUUAAUUGAUGAGUUACUAGAACUUUGGGCACAUGGGGUACCUACGUAUGAUGCAUCCACUAAGGAAAUGUUCAUGUUACAUGCUGCAUUGUUGUGGACAAUUAAUGACUUUCCAGCCUAUGGAAAUCUGUCUGGGUGGUCAACAAAAGGGAAAUUGGCAUGUCCAUCUUGCAAUGCCAGUACAGAUUCCAACUGGUUGAAGUAUGGUAGAAAACAUUGUUAUAUGGGACAUCGACGUCUCUUACCUAGCGAGCACAUCUGGCGAAUGAGAAAAGGGUUGUUCAACGGUAAAGAAGAUCUUCGCAUGCCACCAGCAUUGGUUGAAGGAGCAGAUCUAAUAACUCAGUUACAAAUGCUUGGAGAUAUUCAAUUUGGAAAAUCUUGUAGGAAGAGAAAACGCACAGCAGAAGAGUUGAACUGGACAAAGAAAAGCAUAUUCUUCCAACUACCUUAUUGGUCAACAAUGCGGCUUAGACAUAAUCUAGAUGUUAUGCAUAUUGAGAAGAAUAUUUCCGAGAACAUUUUGGGCACUUUAAUGAACAUCCCCGGCAAGACAAAAGAUAACACUAAUUCACGGCGUGACCUAGAGAUCCUGGGGUUUAGAAAGGAAUUACAUCUGAAACGUGAAGGUGAACGAACUAUUAUGCCACAUGCAUCAUACACAUUACAUGGAGAUGAAAAGAAUAAAUUCUGUGAGUGGCUCGCUGAGGUGAAAUUUCCUGAUGGGUUUGCUUCUAAUAUCACGCACUGUGUAUCUGUACGUGAUUCCAAGAUCUCUGGGCUCAAAAGCCAUGACCAUCAUGUUUUCUUGCAAACACUACUUCCUAUUGCUGUGGGGGGGUUCUUAAGGAGGGAUAUUGCAUUGGCUUUGACUGAACUUAGUAGUUUCUUCAAAGAGUUGUGCGCCCGAACCGUAGAUGUGAAUCGCCUAUCAAAGCUCCAGCUUGAUAUUGUCACCAUUCUAUGCAAACUAGAGAUGAUUUUCCCUCCAUCUUUUUUCGAUGUUAUGGUCCACUUAGCUGUCCAUUUACCCCGUGAGGCUAUUCUUGGCGGUCCAGUUCAAUAUCGGUGGAUGUACCCGUUUGAGAGGUAUCUCGGCAAGUUCAAGCGGUAUGUUAAGAACAAAGCACAUCCAGAAGGUUCAAUAGCGGAAGCCUGGGUUCACAUUGAGUGUUUGACAUUUUGCUCAAUGUAUCUCAAAGAUGUUGAGACGAAGUUUAAUCGACCGGACCGUAACAUUGAUGGUGUAGAAGAUGAGACUCUAGAUGGGUUCACAAUUUUCAACCAGAAACUUCGUCCCUUGGGUAUAGCUAAUAGUGUGCAAUUACACGAUAAACUCCAUACAGCAGCCAUUUGGUACGUGCUUAACAACUGCAUUGAGAUUGGACACUAUUUAGAGGAACACUACGACAAAUGCAAGGUGUCAAACCCAAAUUCUAUUGAUCGCACGCAACAAACUGAGUUUCCAAAUUGGUUCAAGCAACGUGUGGUAGACCAGCGUAACAACAACCCACUUGAUGUGUCCCCAGAUUUGUAUGCGUUAGCUUGCGGUCCUGACCGUUGGGUCGCAACAUAUGCUGCCUGCAUAAUAAAUGGUAAACGGUUCCAUACCAAGAGCCGUGAACUUCGCCGGCGAAGCCAAAAUUCCGGAGUGUUGGUAACUGGUGAUCAAGAAACUGAUAAUGUAGAUUUUUAUGGUGUUAUAAAUGAUGUUGUAGAGUUACACUACAUGGGAGGUCGGAGAGUGUACUUGUUCAGUUGUGAUUGGUUUGAUGUUGGUGAUAAAAGGCGAGGGGUACGGGUAGACGAUCAUUUAACUAGUGUCAAUAUGAAUAGGACUUGGUAUAAGGACGAACCAUAUGUGCUGGCAUGUCAGGCUUCUCAGUGUUUUUACAUUAGGGAUAUAAGGGCGAAAGGGAACUGGUUUGUUGUGCGGAAGUACAAUAAUAGGAAUGUGUAUGACAUUCCACCAGUGCACAGGGUUUUAGACGGUAAUGAUGGCGAAUCAAGUGACGAUGAUGCCUAUCAAGAGAUUGAGUCAUCAUAUGAUUAUCCACUUUUGCAUUGUGAUGCAUGUCCUGUGUCAACUCCACUUAGUAGGACUGAUAUAGAACCUACCCAUAUUGAUGCACGAGACCACAUGGAGUCGGGUGGUGCACACAGAAAUUCACCAGAUUUUAUUGAUGAUAGCAUGGUUCCAUCUGGUUCUGGAGAUGCAUAUGGUGAUUGGGAAUAUUCAGAUGAUGAGGACAAGUCAACCGACUCUGAGUCCGACUCAGAAUAG